AUGGCGGCCUCCAGCGAGUUCGCGUCUGCCAUGACCACCCGGUCGCUCCGCAUGGUCCGGACGGAACUAGAAUUUCUUGCCGACGCAUCCGUGAUCACUCCCCAUCAGCUCUCCUCCAUUCUAUCACAGCUGCCCGCCGAUUCCAACGUGCAUGCCCCUCGGGCGGCGCAGGCAUCAGCAUCGCCGCCCCGACAACUGGCGCAACCUGUGCCUACGCAACAUGUUCCAGUGCAGUCGCAGCCCUCUCCAGCGCCUUAUACGCCCUCAUACUCGCCUCCUACCUCGCAAAUGGCCAAUGUGUUGGUGCACGAGAAGGCCGCGAUGCAUAACCAAUACGCCAGCCCGCCUCCUGUAGCCCUGCCAGCUUAUCCCCAAGUCCCGCCGGUUCUCGGUGUUGCGGCGGCCAUGUACGCAUACGCACCCACCGAUCCAGGUGAUUUGGCCCUGCAGCCACAGGAUCGUAUCCAGAUUACUGAGCACAUGAAUGACGACUGGUGGCGUGGUCGCAACGAGCGGACUGGCCAGGAAGGUAUCUUCCCUCGAAGCUAUGUGAAUGUCUUGGAUGAGAAGGCUGCUGCCUCUGCGCCCCCGCCUACAAACUAUGGAAACAUGCCUCUUGCAGUCAGCCAGAGUGGACAGCCUUCAAACCCGGAUGAGCCGAAGCAGCCCAACAAGUUCGAGGAAGGAGGCAAGAAGUUCGGAAAGAAACUGGGCAAUGCCGCAAUCUUCGGUGCCGGUGCUACUGUCGGCUCCAACAUCGUCAACAGCAUCUUCUAA